UUCUUCGCCAAGCCGCGCCGCAAGCGCCUGGCCUGCCACGCACACGUGCUGCGCGACUGCGCCCUCGUCGUCUUCACCGCCCUGCUCACGCUCUGCGUCCUGUGCUCCUCGCGCCUGCUCCCGCCCCGGUCCGAGCGCGUGCGCCUGUCGCUUGCGCCGCCGCCGGGCGCGGCGCGCGCGCGCGCACCGCGCACAGGCUCCGCCGUGCGCCAGGCGAGCCAGGACACGCCCCCUGCAGAUGCCAACGUCGCCUACUUCGUCCAGGUCGCAGAGUCCACCGCUGGCCACCUGCCGCGCCUGCUUAGUCGCAUCCACCACCCGGGCAAUGUGUACGCUAUUCACUUUGAUAUGAAGAUGGACAAGACCGUCGUCGCCAACCUCACGGCCUCCCUGUUUGAGGAGAGCCCGUACUUUCGCGACAAUGUCCACGUCAUGGACUCGGAGCUCAUCACGUACCGCGGCGUGUCCAUGGUCCUCAACACCAUCAACGCCAUGAAAUUCCUGUUGGAGCGCAACUCGCGCUGGCACUACUUCAUCAACCUGUCGGGCUCCGACUACCCGCUGGUCUCCCCGGCCCUCACCCGCUCGUUGCUGGGCCCCCACGUGCCCGACGAGCUCAAUUUCAUCACCCCCGCUGCCCGCGAGCGCUGGGACGUCAACAUUGACCACCGCAUGCAGCACUUCUACGUGGAUGAGGCCCUCUCGUUCAACACCGGGCCCACCGUCGUCGUCCACGUCUACGAGCGCAACCCCAUCGCCAGCAUGCUCAACUUUCAGUACGUCAGCGCUGAGGCCUGGAUGAUCAACUCGCGCGACUUUUGCCGCUUCGUCGUCACCGAUGGCUACGCGAGGAAGAUGCUGCUCUCAUUUGCCUACUCGGUCGAGGCCUCCGAGCACUACUUUUCCACACUGCUUUGGAACCAUCCGCGCUACAACCGAACCGUGGCCCAUAGGGCGCUAAGGCACGUCAUCUGGAAACAUGAGGGGAAGAGCGCCGGUCAGCACCCGUUCAUGGUCGAUCAGAAGGAGCCGGAUGGCUCGUAUACGUUCAAGGACGACAUCCGGGACUCCCCAAACCUCUUCAUUCGCAAGUUCAAGGACCCAAAUUCUCCACUCAUGGACUUCAUCGACGGCCGCUUGAAUGACCCAGAGCAUGUGACUGCUGUGAGGAACCUGUUUAAGUGGGUGACGGGCAUGUCACUGGACGCACGGAUGGAGAAGGACGCGGCGGCGGCGGCGGCAUAG